AUGUCUUCCCGUUCUCAAACGUUAAACGCGCCCACACUGGUCACUGUACAGAAUCCAGAAUCUCUAAAAAAUUUUGUUCUCGAAUAUUCAAUUCAUGCCGGUUCGAGGAGAUUUAACAAAGAUUUGGUGAGAAUAUUUCCUGAAAUAGAGGAUCAAAUUGAUAGAUGCCUUGUUAUUCCGGUAUUUUUGAAGUGUGAGAAUGAAAUAGUGGGAAUCGGAAGCGAGAUUGAUAAGGAAAGAGACAAAAAACUCAUAGAUUUUGUCGAAUGGGGAAAGUUGAUUUGCCAAAAGUUAAGAGACCGUGGUUAUUGGGCUGAUCUUACAGAUCCUUGUUCGGGAUAUCCCAUAUUUUCCAAUCGUGGACCAUCAAUUUAUCCAGAUGUACAAGGGGCCGAACAUCUUUUAAAGUAUUCAAUUCAAAAUGUAGGAUGCUGUCAUAUUCUCCUACAUCCGAGGUGGGGUGGUAAAGUUUAUCCAGGAACCUUAUUUACCAUUGCCGGUGUGAAUGACAUUAACCAAGUAAUUAGUGAGAGUGUCGUUGAUGUAAAUGAGCAUCUUUCGUUUUAA